AUGAUUUUUCCAUUUAUCUUCCUUUUAUCUCCAUCUGUUUCAUCCUACGGCUUCGUAACAUAUGAUUUCGCAACUGACAUGCAACAAUUGAAUGAUACACGGCAAAACGAUGAUUGUUUCUUCAAUGCUUCUGAAAUAACUUCCGUAACCAUCGAACAAUGGCCAACAAACUGUAUCGAAGUUUGGUCAAUUGCCAAAUUUACAUCUAGGUCUAGCGAAGUUCCAUAUGAUAAAUUGAAAAACACUUUCAAGAGGUUGGCCGUAUUAAGAGGAGCAAUGCGGAUUGAAAAUACCACUUUCACAAAUUUAUCGUUUUUUGGCAAGCUUCAAAGAAUUUCAAAUAUAAAACGGCUGGUUACAUCCAUCACUGAUAACAAGGAUUUGAAAAAUGCGAAUCUGCUGUUUUCUUUGUCAUACACUUUUCCAAACUCUCCGAUUCAAAUUGUGAACAAUCCUCAGCUAGAUGUUAGCUCUUUAUGCGGAAACAUCAAUUAUGAAAAUUUUGCUGAAAUUUAUGUCUAUAAUAACAUGAAAGACUGCGGUAAGACACUGCACAAUCUAUAUCGGUUAUCUUAUUUUGUUAUAGGUUGCGUGGGAACAAACUUCACCAUCUGGAAUAUCGGAAACUAUUCCAAUUGCACCUCGCUAUUUGGUGACACAGAGAUAACUGGAACUACUGGAAUGGAAAAGUUUUCUGUUUUGUCUAAAGUGAAGAACAUCACUGGAAGAGUGAACAUCCAUGAUACGAGUUUCGAAAACUUUUCAUUUUUCGGAAGCGUAGAGAGGAUGACAGGAAACAAGGAUGAAACAAACUUCAAUAUUCAUGACAAUCCAAAUUUAACUCGUUUGGGAAUGGAUUCUCUUAAAUAUUUGUACAACGUCGACGCUUGGUUCCUGUUCAAUAUAUCGAAUAAUCACCCAGAGUUUUGUUUGACUAUGGAGGAGAUGCAAUUUUUCACGUCUUCCAAUAUCUAUAUCAACAGAUUUGAAGCAAAAUUCUGCAAUACCACUACCAGGAAAGACGGCGAGAAAGUUUGCAUUUACCAUACAUUGGCCACACUGGAUAAUAAUUGCCCUCAUGUGAUAGGAGAUAUAUUAGUGACAUCUGGAGACGAAAAUGACACGCAAAAAUUAUCCAGCGUGAAAUACAUCUAUGGAAGCCUUGCCAUUGUUAACACCUCACUGACAGAUUUAUCAUUUCUGGGUAACCUGACCAAUAUAGCUGCUCUGGGUGACACUUCACCUGCGUUACAACUGAUUUCCAACCCACUGCUUGAUAAUGUCUACAUCCCAAAUUUAGAAUACCCAUUCUCUCCGGGUCCUCAUAGAGUAGUCAUCCAAGAUAACGCACCUGGAUUGUUCCCUGACACUUCUUCGUGUCUGACUUAUCAGAAUCAGAUAAAAUCGUAUGUUUUCUACGAUGGAGCAGAUUGUUAUGGAGAUUCAGGAGUCGUGCAAGAAACAGAAAACUCGUCCAGCAGUUUGAAUUACCAAUAUUUUCUUUUAAUCUAUUUAACUUAUUUUCUAUGA